UAGGGUUGCUAAGUCCUCGCCCAUGGAAGAAGCUUUGACUGCAGCAGGCGCCAGCUCCACUCAUUCGCAACAGAUGAACCGUCAGUUCGUUGAAGACCGGAUUGUGGAGAUGGACCCUCUUCCUCUCGUCUGGAAUGUGGAACUAUCUGGUCCCCGUUACUCUCUGUGUGUGAAAAUGUCGCGGCUUAAGCGAUUAGCGUUCGCUUUUGAGUUUGGAUCUGUGAACCCCAGACAGUCAUUCCCGAAGACAGAAUUUCCUGAACGGAUUGUGAAACUUGACGUCUCUUUAAACGAACUCCAAGAACUUCCGCCUGAAGCGCUUUUCCCUUUUGAGAACCUCGCUGAGUUAGACGCCUCGCUGAACGCUUUAAGCUCCGUGAUUGGCACUGGGGUUCUUCCGAGCCUUGUGGUCCUUGACCUUAGUUAUAACCGACUCAGAGAGACGAAGGAGCUGGGGAACUGCCCACACCUGUCCAUCCUGCACAUGUCUUACAACCAACUGAGGACUCUCACGGAUAUCCCUCUCCUGAAUAACCUGACGCAACUUCAUUUGUCUUCGAACAAGUUGCAGUCUUUGGAAGGUGUGCAGAACCUCCCUCAGCUGUCUGAACUGUACGUGCAGAAGAACCGCCUGGGCAGCCUGCUGCCUCUGGCAUCCUCGCUGUCACUCAACAUCCUGGACGCCUCCAGCAAUGACGUUGGUGGCCUGCCAAAGACUCUGCAUGUGCUCAGAGGGCUCUGUAGGCUGAAGCAUCUUGCACUCAAGGAUAAUCCGGUGGCCCGAGACAACCGCUACAUCACUGCCAUCAAGGAAACCACCGCCGUGGAGAUCUUGGACGGAAUGUUUCUCCGGGAUCCGUCAAGGCUCUCUGCGCUCCCUCUGUGCAUGUGGCCCUUCCUCCAGGAGUCAGCAUCUAAUUCGACCAAUGUAGCUCAAGCCAAAGUGGACCUGGAAGAGGUGGCCAGGAGGGUCUUCGGUGAAAGACUGCAGCAGAAGAAAGAGAACGUGGGGAGCGCCGUGCAUCACUUCCACUCCCGAAUCCUGGAAAUGCAGGAAGAGUUGAUAGAAUACGAAGAGAAACUCAGACUGGAAAUGGAAGGGUGUAUAAGGUAGUGAAAGCUGCCGCUUCUCUGUUGUUGAAUCCACCAGGCUGCU